UCGUUUUUACUUGAUUAAGUCGCCCCAGUCGUCUCGGACUCGUUGUCGAGAGUGGUCGCGUGUUGUCGUACAUCGUCUGUGAAUAUAACAAGCCCAGAAGAAGAAGAAGAAGAAGAAGAAGAAACAAAAACAACAAACGCCAUGACAGCCAAAAGCGACAAGAAUCUCAAAAGCAGUCGCAGUGAUAAGCGCCGGACCAACAAGCCGUUGAUGGAAAAGCGACGUCGAGCGCGAAUCAAUCACAGCCUGUCGGUUCUCAAGAGCCUGAUCAUCAAGGACGAAGCCAACAGUUCGAAUCCGGCUUCGCAGUCGUCUCGACUCGAGAAGGCGGACAUUCUCGAGCUGACAGUUAUGCAUUUGCGGACGUUGGAAAAAGAGAAAGAGGAACACUUACAGCAGCAAAAAGAGCAGUCCGAACUCGCCGGAAAGGAAGGCAGCAAGAUCGACAAUGACGUCAAAUCGUAUCGACUCGGUUAUCAAGCCUGUUGCCAUGACAUUGGUCGUUUUUUGGACGGACCGGUCUCUGAUUUAACCAAAGAACGCUUGAUGGAACAUCUCCAGGAGAGGAAGCAAAAGAUCUUUCAGCCAAACAAUAACGGCGAUCCGGCGGAUGCAAAUCUCAUCACCCCGACACGUUUGUCCGAUGGCCGCCUGGCUCUCAUUUUCUCGUCGUCCUGCUCGUGGCUUUCAGGCGGAAUGGAUUUACAGUCACCUUCUUCUUCCUCCUCUUCUUCUUCCUCGCCAUCGUCGUCAUUCCAGUCAAAUCCUGUCCCGGCCACACCACCUUCUUCUCCGGAUCAACAAGUUAUGCUUCAACCGUCGACAAACUCGGUCGGCAGUGUCUGGCGGCCUUGGUUCUAAAGUGCAAAAGUAUGCCAUGCCAUUACGGUUAUUCGAGUGUUCCUUUCUUUCUUUCUAUUUUACACAAAUCUUUUUUGUACAUACACAUGCUGAUGAAUCCAUUGAACUGUGUUCCGAGCGGAUUAAACGCUGAUAUCUCUGCA